AUGAGUAUGAGGGCUUCAUAUUUCAUGAUCUGGUCCGAGAACAAGAAAGUAGGGCCCUUCUUCAAUGUACCAGAUGGUUUCGUGUACACUGAUUUACACAAAACGGCACACAAGGGAGAUAGCGUUGUACUGACAUGUCAGUUCAGUGGGACACCUUUAGCUGUCUAUUGGAAGAAAGGGGAUAACCCAAGAACAGCACCAAACCUUGUUUCAUGGAUUCCAACUGAUGAUGUGACAGGAUUGUGUAAAGGUGAAAGGCCAUAUCAGAUCAUGGAGAUGAAUGAAGACCGCUCUUUGGUCAUCAAGGAAGUCAGCAUAGCAGAACAAGUUGUACCAGUCAUAUUAGCUGUCAUUUUUGCUUGUGUUGCCAUCAUAUUUUGGCGUCGGAGGAAACAAAGGAGGAAUGAAGGGAAAGUAUCCUUCUUUGAACUGUGGUACCUGGUACAUAAUAUGGAAGAGACUAAGUUAAAUAUCAUACGGGGUGCCCUCAUCGAUCUUGGUAUUCCUAGUGUCGAGGAAGAACUAACUGAAGACAAGGCCUAUGACCUACUCUGUGACUGGAAGGAUACAAAUACACUUGACAAUGAAGGAAUGAGGCUGAAGAAUGUAUUAAAUGGACAUGGACUUGGCCGUUCCUGGAAAGAGAUGUGUGAACGGAGAUAUGAUGCAAUGUCUGCGGUUUCUGAAGAACUGUUGGAUCAUGUUUUAUGGAGCAUUGGUGAUGAAACAAAGAUUCACCAAUUCCUUCGUGAACUGAUCACCGAGAAACGAAAAACUCGACCCAGUGUCUCAGGAAAUAAAAGAGACGUCAUCGAGGAGUCUAUGGUGGUCUUGAGGGAAUGGCGUGACAAAGCACAGACUAAAAACCAAGAGGUAAAAGGGUUCGUCUAUAAACUGACAGGAAGACAUUGCAAGAGGCUUGCUAAGGCUGUAGGAAUCACUGAUGAGAAGGUGAUUGCCGCCAUCAUUAAUGAAAAUAAUGAUGAUUUGUUUGACACUCAAUCAAUGAUCAAUGACUGGGUAGACGGACAGGAAUGCUGCAACUUCGAGAAGAGAUGCAGGCUUGAUGAUGCCGUCAUCAAAAUUGGUCGUCAUGACAUGACAGCUGAGAUAUCGGUGUUACUUGAGAGGCUUGGUAUCUCAAUUGAUGAGGAUAGGAACGAUGUGGAAGAGAAGCUGCGAGGCUGGAGAGAUGAACAUCUCCGAGGAUCUAAAGCGUGUUCUCUGAAGGAACUUGUUUUGAUUCCCAAAGAUGCGCUGAACAAGACGAACAACAGUAAUGUACUCGACUUAACAGAUGAGGAACUAGAGGACGUGUUUUCAAGUAUCUGUUCAAGAAAACAGAUGGACCAGUUAACGUCAGGGCUUGGAGUAGAUAUCAAAGAUGAGUCAUUGACCCUGCAGGAUCUAAAGGAAUGGAGGGAUAGCCAAGACAUGGAGAAACGACGAGAAACUCUAAGAAAAACACUCCAUGACAUGAAAUUACCAGGAUGCAUUGUUAAUCGGCGUCCUCCACAACAUGUGUACAAAGCUGAGAUGGUACGUUUAGCGUUCAGUAUGCUAUGUACUGACGUUGGACCAUUGGCUGCACUUCUCGACAUGGAUACGAGCAAAGGAAAAAUAGUGCGAGAACCCCAGAAAGGAACUGUAGGUAUGUUACUACAACUAUUGGAAGGAUCGAGGAAUAGCGGCACAAAUCGCCGCCGUGAUUUCUGUGUCGCCAUUAGAGAUCUCGGCUAUCUGGAUGUUGCUCGAUUAGCCUAUUUCGAUUACGAUGAAAGUCUCAGUGUACUCUACAACGUUACUUCAAACCUGUCACAACAGGAAAUGGAAAUGUUGAUGAAGCAUCUUGAUUCUGAUAGAGCAGUCCUGUCCAUAGGUCCGGCAAGAGAGCAAAGCGGGUGGACAUACGACAACCUGACGCUUAUGAAGAGAUGGAGGAAUCAGUUCAGACCAGAACCUUUCCACCACAGCUCAAAGCUCGUUCACGGUCUUCGAGCAAUUGGGCGAACAGGAAUUGCAGAUGAAGUCAUUGGAGAUGUGAAUUGCGAUGUACCAGAUGGCCUUGUUUAUACCGAUUUACACAAAACUGCGGAGAAAGGAGAUGAGCUUGUUCUGAAAUGCCAAUUCUAUGGAACGCCAUCUGUCGUUAACUGGAAGAUAGGAGGUGAGUCCACGAAGCCACCAAACCUGAUCAAGUGGGUGGAAGGGGGAUUCACUUCCGGGCCAUGCGUUCUUGAAGGAUCUUGCUAUAUGACCGAUGAAUUCUCUCUCAUCAUCAGAAACAUUACAGUUUCAGAUCAAGGAACAUAUACCUGCAGAGUUAUGAAUUACAAAGGGAUCUUGAUCUACAACUUCACAGAAGUAAACGUUUUUUCUCCUCCGGUGGAACCCUUUCCCCUUAUCGAUGAAUGUCGAGGAAUACUUCCCAGCUAUGCUGAACAAACCUGUAGCCUUUCAACCUCUAAUAGAAUCACCAUCACCUGCUCAGCAUCAAGCUACUUUCCAGACAUCGAUCUCUUCUUCUUAUACGAAUCCAAAAAGAUGGGUGCAACAAAUAUCACAGAAUAUGCAAAUAUGGACGGGACGAAAAACAAAUCAAUCUCCACUGUCGCUGAACCCAGCGAAAGCCCCUAUGUUUGUGUCGCUUCUGAUAUCCCAGGAUCGCAAGCCCAACGAACAAUGACCGUCACCGUGACUUUGCUAGAAUCGUCUGUUGCCAUGACAACAUCCCUAUAUCAAACCACUUUGUCUACGAGUUCGAGUGGGGUUGUAGUCACAGUUGUUGUACCAGUUAUCGUUGGCAUUCUUAUAUUGGCUGCGACUUGUGUUGUCAUCAUAUUAUGGAGUCGGAGGAAACAACGGAGAAAUCAAGAAAAAGACGACCCGGAAUCCAUGCCGCUACGUCCAGACCCACAAAUAGAAGAAAUCCUCUGUGUGGCUAAGCCUUGA